GCUGGAGUCCGCUUUUCAUCCAGUGCUCCACACGCCAGACAACUUCUGCUGCUGACUGCAACGUGAACCAGACUGAAGGAAGUCACAUCAAAGAUGCAGAGGGGCUUUGGGAUAUUUUGCAUGUCGCUCAUCUUUUGUGCAACUCUUUCCGAGACCAUCGGGCUAGUUGUUGCGGCAAAAGAAAAGCGUGGCUGGACUCUGAACAGCGCUGGCUACUUGUUAGGGCCCCGUCGUAUUGAUCACCUAAUUCAGAUAAAGGAUUCUCCCAGUGCCAGAGGCAGAGACGAGCUGGUCACUCAAUAUGGACUACAUGGACACACGACACUAGGAGACAAGCCGGGUCUGGCUGGGAAGAGGGACAUAGGCCAGGAGGAGGACUUCAGAACAGGCGCCCUGAGAAUAGCAGAUGAAGAAAUUAUCCACACUGUCAUUGACUUCUUGUCAUACCUCAAACUUAAAGAGAUGGGAGCCUUGGACAGCCUGCCUCCUUCUGUCACAUCAGAUGAACUGGCCAAUCCCUAA